GAUAAAAAAAUUGUCCUUUUAAUAAUUGAGAUAGCAAACAGCCAUGGGCCAUACAAAAAUAUAUAGUACUAAAAAAGUGUUAUGAAUAUGAAUAUUACAUCAUGGCUUUAUAUAAAUAAAAAAAUAUAAAAUAAUACUCCAUGUUUCAAACGAGAGCCGUGCGAGCUCUGCUACCACUACUAGUGAAGCUUGGUUAACAUUCAAGUCAACGAUAGUACAAGGGUAGUCUCGUAAUUAACACACUAUUUGACUCCUCCAUCGCUUUUGUGCUUUUGUACCCACCGCUUGUAGUUUUCUGUAUAUAUACACAUCAACCCAAGUAAUCAAAACUUGUUUCAUUAUUUCAUUACUAUAUCCUUAGCUCCAAAGAAAAAAUACACAUUAAUACAAUACACUAUGGUAAUUUUAAUUUCCACUAUCGGCAAAACCAUAACAACCGAUGAAGAAGGUGGCGCCGCUACCAUCUCCGCCAUACAUCCAGAUAUCAUUCAAACUCAUAUCCUCACGUGCCUCGACGGUCCUUCACUCGCUUCCGCAUCAAGCACGUGCUCUCAGCUUAAUAACCUCUCAUCAAACGAGCAUUUAUGGAACAAAAUUUGCCACUCCACGUGGCCUUCCACAAACACGACACGCGUCCGUCAUGUAAUUUCCACUUUCCCUAACACAUCUCGCUCUUUCUUCUCCGAUUCUUUCUCAACCGUAACCGCUAACACCUUACACCACCGCCACCACCACCACCGUACAAAUCUCGAAACUACACCGGAAAUUUUAUCCGCUGUUGAUUUAUUUCACCGGAAACGGCUUAUUUUAUCGAAAGUGGUGGAGACAGAGACUGUUUCUGGCUGGUUUAGAUGUUCUCCGUUUCGGAUUGAUAUUCUUGAUCCGAAGGAUUCGGUUGAGACGAGUAUGGAGUAUCCGAGAAACGAUGAAGAGUGUAAGAAUCUGGAAGAGGAAUUGAGAUUGAGUUGGAUCGUGAUUGAUCCGAGAGGGAAGCGUGCGGUGAAUGUUUCGAGUGGGAAACCGGUGUCGGUUCACCGUCACUGGCUUACCGGAGAUGUGCAUGUGAAAUUCGCGACGGUGUUACACGGCGGAGAGAAAGGAUCGGCGACGGAAGUGACGGUUUGUAGUUUAUUGGUAACUUUGGGAGGGGAAAUGCAAGUGAGGGAAGUUUGUUUUCAGGUUGAGGAUAUGGAUGGGAUUAAUUUAAAUGGGAGGGAUAGUUUGGGGAUUUUACAAAAGGCUUUGGAGGGUGGAAGAAAAAGAUUAAGGAGCGAAAAGGAAGGAAAGGAAAGAUUCGUGGAAUUUAUGAAAAGGAAAAUAGAAAGGAAAGAGAGGAAAUUGAGAAGUGAAAGAAGGUUGGAUAUGCUUUGCGUAGGUCUCGCUGCUUUGUCUGUUGCGGCUUUUUCCACUCUCUUUCUCUCCUGAUUUUUAAACGUCUAAUCUGAUUCGCGUGUCGGUUUCAAUUUUAAAUGUGUAAUCUGAUUCGUGUGUCGGUUUCAACAUAAGUGAUUUCAGCCUCUUCCGACUGUAUGAUUUAAUUGGAUAACUGAUGUGUCUGAUGAAUAUUAUAGUUUGCUAUUUAAUGAAUAUAAAACGUCAAAUUACUCGUGAUUGAGAUUAGAUAUGAGGGAAUAUAUUGGUAUGUUAGUGAGCAAAUUUGUACUCUAUGUUACUAGAUUUUCAUAUCCAAAUACAAACAAGGAACAAUUUUAUUUUGUUACUUAGAAUGAUUGAAAUUGAAGGAAAGGAAAGUGCAGCCAAAAGUGUAAAUACUGAUAGAGAAGUGUUUGAUCCCAUCACGGUAUUAGUGUGACUUUGUUUACACGACAUUUUACAUGUAGAUUUUCAAAAAAAACUUAUAGAUUUCUAUUACUAUUUAUGUUUGGUUACUCUUAAUCAUAAAUAGGAUGUACAUCAUUUAAGUGUGUUUUCUUUCUUUCUUUUUCUAGUCUUAUUUAAGUGCGUGUGGAUGUUAAACUGUCCAUGGUUA